GGGUAAUUUCAUCACCUGUCCUCUUCUUCUUUUUAUGAAGCUUUAGCGGACAGUGGACUGUGUUGGUCUCUGGGUUUGUACUGUUUAGAGGGCUUUUGAUCUUUGGGAACGGGAAAAGUUGUGCUGAUAUAUAUACAAAAAUAAAAAAAUCAAUCAAUAUUUAGGGUUUCUUUAUCGAGAUUUUCUGUUUGUUGGAUGGGAAUAAUUUUCCGGGGAAAAACCUGGCAAUGGGAAAAUCAUUCAAGGACUCACUGAAAGCGCUUGAGGCAGAUAUUCAACACGCCAAUACUUUGGCUUUAGAUUAUCCAAGGGAGAAAGAUGGAGCACGCCUUCAGAUGAGACUAUCUUACAGUUCUGUCGCACACCUCUUUCUUUUUCUUGUGCAAUGGACUGAUUGUCACCUUGCUGGAAUGCUGGGCUUGCUUAGAAUUCAUAUUUAUAUGACCUUUGCAGAUGGCAAGACUACCAUGUCUGUUUAUGAAAGGAAAGCAAGCAUCAAGGAUUUUUAUGCUAUCAUAUUUCCUUCUCUGUUGCAACUUCAGAAGGGCAUUACUGAUUUGGAGGACAGGAAACAGAAAGAGGUAUGCAGUGUUAGAUAUAAAAGAAGGGAUGAGUUGGAGAGGGGUAAACUGUCUGAGGCUGACAAAGAGAGAGAAGAAGAAUGUGGGAUUUGCAUGGAAGUGAACAAAAAAUUUGUAUUGCCUAACUGCAGCCACUCGAUGUGUUUAAAGUGUUAUCGUGAUUGGCGUGGGCGGUCCCAAUCUUGCCCCUUCUGCCGGGACAGCCUCAGGAGAGUAGACUCGGGAGAUCUUUGGGUCUUUACAGAGAAGUCUGAUGCUAUUGAUUUAUCAACGAUUUUGAGGGAGGACCGCAAAAGGUUAUUUAUGUACAUUGAUAGACUGCCACUUGUUGUUCCAGAUCCUAUAUAUAUUCCCUACGAUGCUCAUGUUCGGUGAGCCUCAUGUCGCUUCUAGAUACUCUGUAUUGUACAUAACAAUCGUGGUUGUAACUUGUAAAUUCAUUCUGGACAUUUUGAACUACAUUUUCUGCUGGUCUUGUUUAUGUAAAUGUCCUAAGAAUUGGGAUAUAAUGCUUUAUUAUGACCAUUCUUUUGAUUGGUCCGGGUGCUGGUUUAUGGUUUCAUAUUUAACCCAAAUAUGGCAAUGAAAUAUAGUUCAAGCUUCAAUGUUC